CCGCUACCAGCCCCAUCCAGUACCCGGAAUUCACCUCUUUCACCCGUGUGCGCGAGACUGAUCCUUGUGAGGUUCGCCUGUCAAAUCAUCGUGCUUGGAUUUUGACUCAUUAAUCAAUCAUAUCUUCCAUCACUUCUCUCACAAACUCACCGCUCGUGUUUACUCAGACCUUCACAUUCUAAUUUUUCUCUCCCAUUGAGACACGAACGUCCUGUUGUUCUGUGGCUGACCCUGGUUUCUGAUCCAUCGCCUUGAUCCUCAACUGACCGGUUCAUCAUGUGUCCUUCCGCAGAUGAUGUCGAGACCAACGGUGUCAAUGGACACUCCAACGGCGUUUCGAACGGAGACAGCUCUGAUUCUGGCCACCCCGGCUACACUGGAAUCAACACCUCGUCAAGACCUCAACCCAACAGCCGAAACCCAUACCAGCCGGUUGGCGAUUUUCUCAGCAAUGUCAGCCGAUUCAAGAUCAUUGAAAGCACAUUAAGAGAAGGAGAACAAUUUGCCAAUGCCUACUUCGAUACCGCUAAGAAGAUCGAGAUUGCCAAAGCCCUCGACGAGUUUGGCGCAGACUAUAUCGAGUUGACUAGCCCUGCAGCUUCCGAGCAAUCCCGCAAGGACUGUGAAGCAAUUUGCAAGCUCGGCUUGAAGUCCAAGAUUCUUACCCACAUUAGAUGUCACAUGGACGAUGCUAGAAUAGCAGUCGAGACUGGUGUUGACGGCGUCGACGUUGUCAUUGGAACCUCGUCUUUCUUGAGAGAGCACUCUCACGGCAAGGACAUGACAUACAUCAAGAACACCGCCAUCGAGGUCAUCGAGUUUGUCAAGUCCAAGGGCAUCGAGAUCCGCUUCUCGAGUGAAGAUUCUUUCCGAUCAGAUCUGGUUGACCUUCUAUCUCUGUAUCAAGCCGUCGACAAGGUCGGUGUGAACCGAGUUGGAAUUGCAGACACAGUCGGCUGUGCCAGCCCCCGACAAGUUUACGACCUGGUGCGAACUCUCCGCGGCGUGGUUAGCUGUGACAUUGAAACACAUUUCCACAACGAUACUGGCUGUGCUAUCGCCAACGCAUACUGCGCAUUGGAAGCAGGUGCUACGCAUAUCGAUACCUCGGUGCUGGGUAUUGGUGAGCGAAAUGGUAUCACCACCCUGGGUGGCCUUAUGGCUCGAAUGAUCACUGCCGAUCGUGACUACGUCAAGAGCAAGUACAAGCUGGAGAAGAUCAAGGACAUUGAGGAGCUUGUGGCUGAAGCCGUGGCGGUCAAUAUCCCCUUCAACAACCCUAUCACCGGGUUCUGCGCCUUCACACACAAAGCCGGUAUCCAUGCCAAGGCCAUUCUCGCCAACCCCAGCACAUAUGAAAUCAUUGAUCCCUCCGACUUUGGCAUUGGCCGAUAUAUCCACUUUGCAUCCCGCCUCACUGGCUGGAAUGCCAUCAAAUCUCGUGCACAACAGCUGCAGAUUGAGAUGACGGAUGCACAAUACAAGGAAGUUACGGCGGCCAUCAAGAGACUGGCCGACAUCCGACCAAUUGCGAUUGACGAUGCCGAUUCAAUCAUUCACGCCUAUCACCGCAAUAUCAAGUUGGGCAAGGCCAAUCCUGACAUGGUUGAGCUGCCCAACAUGACCGACAAGGAGAAGAAGCUGUUGGCGGAGAAGACGGCUGAAGACCAGGCCGCGCCUGAGAAGCGCAAGCUGGAUGAGACGGUUGACGAACAAGUUGCAACAGAACAGACUAUUAAGAAGGCCCGAACCAACGGCAUCACGGCAUAGGGGAUGAUGAUCAGGCAAAAUAAAUCGCGGACUGGUCCUUUUGGACGUGUGAUGAAACGAGAGCCACUGAUAUUGAUGAUGUGAACAAGGCUAUGGGCGUCAACGAGGGCCAGCUUUGAAAACUGGAAGGUCGUAUUUGCACAGUGAUUGUACAGAGCAAGAUGAGGAAAGAUUUAGAAAAUCCGUUGGUGACGGAUCUGGCACAGUAUUCCUCAAAAGCAAAGUGGAAAAGCCAAUGCCACACGAAUGGUACCAGUGAUAGUGAAUCAAAUGAGACAUGUUCAAUGCACUCGUAUAGGAACACCUUGAGUAUGUAGGUAUACAGCAG